AUGAAGACGACUUUCUCAGUCGCCGGCGCGGCUUGCGCGCUAUUCGGCGGCCUGUUUGUUGGCGUGGCUCAGGCUCAGUCGAACCCGGACCCGAUCGGCACAAUCUAUGAUGGCCCCGUGCCGGACGAUCUGUACGGGUCCAACUAUACGUACCCGUGGCCCGUGAAGCAGUUCAACUUUUAUAAUCAGCACCAGAACCUGACCAUGGCCUUUAUGGACGUUGCUCCGACCAACUCCUGCGUAACGGACAAUAAGACGGCUGUGCUGCUCCAUGGCGGAAACUUUUGCAGCGUCACCUGGUCGGACACGGCGCGCAACCUGUCGGCGGCGGGCUACCGCGUCAUUCUUCCCGACGACAUUGGUUUCUGCAAGUCGAGCAAGCCCCUGGGCUACUCGUACAGCGUCGACCAGCAGGCCAUGAACAUCAAGAGCCUGCUCACGGCGCUCAACAUUACAGAACCCGUCACCGUCAUGGGCCACUCCAUGGGCGGAAUGAUUUCAGCUCGCUUCGGCCUCAUGUACCCGGACUCGGUGCACCAGCUCGUGCUCGUCGACCCGCUCGGACUCGAGGACUGGGUGGCCAAGGGCGUCGCCUUUGUGCCCGUCGACCAGACGUACGAGGGCCAAAUCACCCAGACCUUUGACACGCUCAAGGCGUACGAGGCGGCCAACUACUUUGCCAAUGCAACGUGGGAGCCGCAGUACGACACGUGGGUGCACAUGCUCGCCAACAUUUACGGCGGCUCCCACGGCACCGAGUUUGCCUACGUCAUGAGCCUGGUGACGGGCGUCCUGCUGAGCCAGCCCUACGUCUACCAGCUGCCCAACCUCCAGACCCGGACCUACCUCAUGGUCGGCGAAAACGACGUGACCGCCCUCGGCAAGGCCUGGUCUUCGGCCGAUGUUGCCGCCGUGCUCGGCCAUUACGAUGUCAUUGGCCCAGCUGCUGCCGCCGCCAUUCCCAACUCGACUUUCCACAUGUUCCCAGGACUAGGCCACGCGCCGUUUUUGCAGGAUCCUGUCGCAUUCCAUGAGGUGCUCUUCUCUUGGUUGGACUGA